AUGACUACUGUCACUCUCCCACCUGGCGCCGACAGAUCCUAUGACUACGUCAUUGUCGGCGGUGGCACAGCUGGUUGUGUCCUGGGUACUCGGCUCGCCCAGUAUCUCCCAGAGUGUCGGGUAUUGAUUAUCGAAGCCGGUCCGAGCGAUCACAAUAUUCCAACCGUCCAAAAUCUGAAGGAAUGGCUUAGUGUCCUAGGCGGUGAUCUCGAUUACGAUUAUGAGACCACAGAGCAGCCGAAUGGGAACAGUCAUAUUCGCCACUCACGAGCAAAGGUAUUAGGCGGUUGUUCUUCGCAUAACACAAUGAUCGCAUUUCGUCCAUUCCGAUAUGAUAUGGAACGAUGGGUUGCGAAGGGUUGUCGCGGAUGGGAUUGGGAGACCAUGAUGGGGCACAUUGAUCAUCUACGGAACCAGAUCCAGCCAGUACAUAACCGCCAUCGCAAUCAGCUGACGAAGGACUGGAUCAAGUCUUGUUCGACAGCAAUGGAUAUUCCAAUUAUCCAAGAUUUCAACACCGAAAUUCUUGAUAAAGGUCAACUGAGCGAGGCCGUCGGCUUCUUUAAUAUCGCAUACAAUCCAGAUACCCACCAACGAAGUAGUGCCUCUGUUGCUUACGUUCAUCCAAUUAUCCGCGGCGAGGAACGGCGCCCGAACCUUACAAUUCUGACCGAAGCCCACGUCUCCAAGAUCAACAUCGAGAAGUCCAUCGCCGACAGCGUCGAUAUUACUCUCAAGUCCGGUGAUCGAUACACAGUUGUCCCUCGGAAGGAAAUUAUUCUUUGCGGCGGUGCAAUUGACACUCCGCGUUUGAUGCUGCUGUCCGGCCUCGGCCCCAGGGGUCAGCUCGAGGAACUAGGAAUCGAGGUGACAAAGGACAUCCCUGGCGUUGGCGAAAACCUUCAAGAUCAUGCCGAAGGCAUCAUCACGUGGGAGCUUGACCGGCAGGUACCACAAAACAAGACUACGAUGAAUUCCGACGCCGGGCUCUUCCUACGGAGAGAACCGGUCGGUGCCGCUGGAGACGACGGCAACGCGGCAGACUUGAUGAUGCAUUGUUAUCAAGCUUGUUACUCCCAUCACACUACACGAAUGGGAUUUGAGGAUAUCCCCGAGCCCUACGUCUUCUCCAUGACCCCGAACAUCCCACGCCCUCGAUCGCGCGGCCGAGUAUAUCUCAAGUCCGCAGAUCCCAAGGUCAAGCCGGCCCUCGAUUUCCAGUACUUUAGCGACCCAGAAGGCUAUGAUGACGCAACCAUGACCUGGGGAAUUAAGAUGGCACGCAAGAUAGCCAAAGAGAGUCCGUUCAAGGAUUGGUUAAGGCGCGAGGUAGCACCUGGGCCUGCGGUCCAAACGGACGAAGACAUUAGCAAAUACGUCCGUAGCGUGCACCAUACAGUCUACCAUCCAUGCGGGACAACAAAAAUGGGCGACCCUACUCAUGACAAGAUGGCCGUCGUGGACCCAGAACUUCGAGUCCGUGGUGUAAAGCGGUUGCGGAUUGCUGACGCGGGCGUCUUUCCUGACGUGCCCACAAUCAACCCGAUGCUCACUGUACUAGCGGUAGGCGAGCGAGCUGCCGAGUUAAUUGCUACUGGGGAGGGAUGGCGACCUGGUCCAUCUGCGAACUUGUAG